AUGCUUGCCAUGGAGCCCCUAAACCUUUUAACGGCACUGAUAUUGGCUCUUUUUAGCUACUUUGUCAUCCAGACGAUCUACCGUCUUUAUUUCCAUCCUCUGAGCAAAUUCCCUGGCCCUAAAUUGGCGGCAAUCGGCCGGUAUUAUGAGUUCUACUUCAGCGUGAUCAAGGGGGGCAUGUACAUCUGGGAGGUACAGCGCAUGCAUGAAGAAUAUGGCCCGAUUAUUCGAAUUAACCACCGCGAGCUUCAUAUCAAAGACUCUCAUUACUAUGACGAGAUAUACAGCUCUCGAAAGCAGGAUAAAGACUACCACACGGUCUCGGCAUUUGGUGUAUUCUUGUCUAUGAUUUCCACCAUUGAGCAUGAGCACCAUCGUCUUCGUCGAGGGCUUUUAAGCAACUUCUUCUCGAAACGAGCAGUGGUCAGCCUUGAGUCCCUUGUUCUAGCAAAGGUCCACCGCGUGGUCGAACGCCUUGAAGAGGCCUUUGCAGAAAACGCCGUUAUGCUACUUGAUAAACUGUUUGCUGCGUUGGCCGCAGAUGUCAUCUCAAAGUAUGCAUAUGGACGAAGCCUGGACUGCCUGGAGAGCAAAGACCUGCAAAACGACUUUCGGGAUUUUGCAAAUGCCAGCCUUCGUUUGGCUCAUGUCACUACCUUCUUCCCUACACUGAUUUCUCUCUUUAAAUCUAUACCCGAGUGGAUAUUGGAAAUACUGCAGCCACAAACCGUGGGUAUCUUUGCUAUGAGGAGGCUUGUCCACGACCAGGCUGUGGCUACUCUCAAGCUAACUAGUCAUCCUGACUAUAAAGCACCCGAAGGGCCCGAAAAGACCAUCUUUCACGCACUUUGUGACCCUUCGGUGCCGGCCAAGGAGAAAGAGAUCAAGCGAUUGGAAGAGGAGGGGUUCGUUGUCCUCGGUGCUGCUACAGAGACGACGGCAAGAGUACUUACGGUUGGCUCAUUCUAUCUAUACCGCGACAAAUCGAUACUCUAUAAACUACGUGAGGAAUUGAAAGGGGUGAUGCCACAACCAGACAGCCACAUUACCUGGACAAAGUUGGAACAAUUACCAUAUCUGACUGCAUUUAUCAACGAAUCACUUCGUCUAUCCCACGCUCUAGUUCUCCGGCUCCCGCGUGCAGCACGGAACGAGAGUUUGGCAUAUAAGGAUUUCGUGAUCCCGCCAGGGACCCCGGUUAGCCAGUCCUCAUACUUUGUUCAUAUGGAUCCAACGAUAUUCCCUGACCCGGAUACAUUUGACCCCGAACGCUGGAUCCGAGCUACCGAGAGGGGGGAACGGUUGACCAGCCUAGCAUACUCGGAGCUAUAUCUCAUGUUUGCUGCCAUGGCCCGUAAGUUCGACAUGGAUUUACACGGGACCACGAUGGAGGACAUUCGAGUGGCGAGGGAGUAUGUGGACAAAUAG